AUGGAUGGGUUUCAUCAUACGGUUUUAGUUUUGGCUGAGUCCAACUCACUUCGGAUCCCCGGGAAUAAACAAGACUGGCCCAAACCGAAGCCUUUUCUCCUCGCCGUCUUUCCCAACAGAAAUGAAACCGAGAAAAUUAGUGUUACGGCCGCUAUAUUUCUUCUUCAUCCUCUUCUCGGAAAGACCGCCGGACGCGAAGGUGGCCACAGGGGCUUUUUUCUUCGAGGUUACAUUCGAACUGUGCGUGAUUCAGGCGUGGGAAAUUCUCGCUGUGUAAUCCACUGGCACAUCGUGGGAAUUUUGGUCGCAAUAUGCACUGCUGCUGCACUGCACUUUGGAGGCAACCCCGGCGGUAACAGGAGCCUAUUAAUAAUGGCGACUAAUGGGAGGCUGUUAUUGCCGGACACUCGGGGGCCUUUUGUCAGGUUCAAGCACCUGAUGCACGAGUGGACGACGACGAGUGGGGGACUGGGGAGACGCGCGUUGAUGAGACUAGUGCAGCAGCAGGAUUCCACCGCACUUCCUGCCGGUCAGUGGAACGUCUACAUGCACGUCACAUUGAAAGCGGACCAUGAGAAAACUUAG